CUGCUACUUGUACAGUACUCUAUGUACAGUACAGUACACUACAUACAUAUGCGACACUGCGCUCCGAGAAAGUCCGUCACCGAACCGUCGACGACCAGGGUUACCGUCCAAAUGUCAUGAAGGGAACGCAACGCUCGGCCUGGAGAACCGUCGAAUUUGAAGAUGAACAGCCAAAGUUUAGCGCUUUUGGGGACUCGGGAGCCCUUGUUAUAUCUCCGUCAUACGUUGCCCUAAUCGCACUGAUAUCAAUCACUACCGCUAACCUCUCGAGGGAAGGGCUGAGAGCUAUCGUAGGAUCUAGAGCGGUCCGGAGGUGGAGAACGCUCUUCAAGGAUCAUGUGCAUGGAACGGCAACACUGCGAUGUUUUUUCUGCAACCAAGAUGUCACAUUUAACAAGGAAGAAUUGGCCUUGCGCGGGGAGAGGAGCUGGCGAUGCGGUGAAUGCGGCAGUAUGAAUGGGAGCGAUGAGCUGGACAGACAACGGCACAACGGGACAACGGCAAUAGCUGAACAAAUCAGGGGACCCAUAGGCGGUUCCUCGACAACAUGGUCUUCAAACGAAACAUCUCCAUUCUGUCCAACAUGCACGCAGAACCAUGAGAUUGUCCGGAGACUAGUAGCAGAAUACGACCCGCAGGAUGAUUACUUUCAUGAGACGGUCGACUCGUAUAGGUCGCAUCUCGAGGAGGUGUACCCUUCGACAUGCGCAUCUUGUUCAGAAGUCGUCUCGGCAAAACUGGCCGCCGAAUCUCUCAGGCUGAAACAGAGAUUGUUUUAUCAAAGGCUCAGGGACUCAAGCGCAUGGGCUGAGGAGGAUCUGACGGUUGUCGGGAGCUGGUUAGAGAGCUCCGGCGCGAUCUGGGCUGUGGUGUGGGGCUCGGAUUUGUGUUGGUGGAUGGCGACUAUGGCUAUGAGCGUAUGGCAUUUGCGUGGCGUGUUAUACCCGCAUUCUUUUACAAGCUCAGCGUACUGGACCUCUCUCGAUAGGGAGUUCAUCAUCAAAUCACAGUCAAAUAUUCCCACUGCUUCGGACUCUUUGAUGCCGCCCGUGUUCUCGAGCAUCUUGCGUCUGUCAUGUCUUACCAUGCCACCGCCAGAGUCAGCGGCCAACGCCGAAUGUUUCCAGGGAACGACAGCGGCGCUACUGCUGCUAAACACUCUGUCUUUGCCCGCCGUCUUUGCUCGGUGGCACCGGUCGUCUUCGAAGAGUCGCUACACGUAUGGAUUUGGCGUGAUGGGGCGACGUGCAACAAUUACUCUCGCCCACUUCAUCGCGCUUUUUGCACUUCGCGACAACGAUUGGAAUCCUGGACAUACAAUCUUCAUUCAUGUGUUCUUCCUGUAUCGGCAGGCGUAUGAAUUCUCCAAGAUGUUGAUGGACUCAGUAGUAUGGCAACGCGUCUGGGCGUAUCUCGUCGACGGGGACUCUGGUGGUGCGACACAUUCUGAUCCUAAACAAGAUCAAAAACAUUCCAAUGCGGACCCUCUCACCGAGGAAGCUUCACCUAGAACGCCAUCAUCACCGUUCGUUACUUUACGGCCGACGCACACAAACGCAACAUCCCGCUUCAUAUCCACUCCCGCAAUGCAAUCCACGCGGCCCACAUCGUUCGGCCCCUCUCCCUGCUACCAUCGGUCAUGGGAAUCGUCGACGGCAGACCCAUCAAUGCUCGGCAUCGAGCGCGCGUUCAUGACUUCCACCCGGCUCACCGACGCUGACACUCACCCUACGCCGGUCACCCCCAGUCUUCCGGUGUUUGCUCAGAGCAGGCAACGCUUCAGGCGGACGGCCGCCUUGGUGAAAUUGUGGGUGGCCAUCGAUGCUCUUGCUCUUUGUCUCUCACUUCUUUUGAAGGGUGAUGACAUAGCAGAUGAAGGCCCGGAUAUCUAUACGGUUACAGGCGAAAGGCCUACCCACAGCAAAUUCCGGAAUUCUUUUUCAGCGAGCAUACUCGUUCUCCGACUCAUAACUGCAUUCGGCGCGCGGUCGUGCCACAACCACUUGCGUGACCGCGUCGCCGCCGCAUCGGCGAACGACAAUGGCCGACGCACCGCGACCAGCACCAUACGCUGGCGCUAUCUUGCCCGUUUACUGGCCCUGCGCUUCGCGGGUACGGGCAUCGUGAUGCUCUUACCGGUGCUGUCAACAUCUGCCGUCACUCCUCGCCACGAUCCAAUGCAAAAGUCAACGCCCGCGACCGUGGCGCCUCUGCCCAUCGAACUGCCGGCCGUCUUUCAAGAGCACUACGGCCUUCACGUGGUGUGGACUGUGUUGGCAGCUCUGGCAGCGCGGAUUGGGCUGACCGGUGCUCUGGAGCUGGCGCUGUUGGGGGUUAUUGGCGUACUGUUGGUUUGGGAGUAGUUGUAGGAGAGGUUUUAUUUUAGAGUUUUGGGGGAGAAGAGAAUUCAAGGAAGUGCAUCGUUUGCCGGCUAUUCUUCUGGAUACGGUCUUCUGCACCAAGCGAGCAAAUGCAAUCGUGGCCAGUGGAAAGAGAGAUCCGU